CCACGGCAGUCCGCCCUACGAAUGUGAAAUCUCGAUGUGUCAGUCUUCGAUUUCAUAACUCCUUAUGCGAUUGGGUACGUGAUGCGGACCUCCUCGAAAGAACGCGAAACGAAGAUGCCACAGCCGUACCCUACCUCCUCGCUCUACGUUGCUUGCCACCUGUCUUCCAUUGUCCUUGCGCUCUACGUUGCAUGCUUGGUGGCCGAAACGAUGGCCGAAGAUAUCAACGGCGGUGGUGAGCAUGUGAGAAGCGAGGAGCGAACGACCUGAACUGCAGAGUAGAACCGAGCCUGAUAGGGAAAGAAAGAGCAAAGAAUAAGCUGAAUCCAUACAGAAGGGCUCAAAGAGGAGCGCCCUGCGAAGAAUCAAGGACGAAGAACGAGCACAAGAAGCCUAGGAGUACGUGUACUUGCUCUUGACAACGUACCUGGCAACCUGCUAGGCUGUUCAUCUGCGCUGUAGUUACUGGAUACAGCCACCAAUGGGCCGUAGGAAAGCCCGCCACCACAUCUGAAUUGCAGCUCAGAGUACGCCUCACGCCCUGAACGAGAUGUUGAAUCAAAACACAGCCCUUUUCUUGCUUGGUAGUAUACGCGUUCCUCUGCGCGAUGGAACUAAUGCUUCUAUUUUCAUCCUUUUCUGGCCCGAGACUUUGAUACCUCAGGUUGAAGUGCUACAC